UGGAAGCAGACCUCAUUAUGGAAGAAUACAAGGCCGCAGCUGUACACAACGUCAUUAAUGAAAAUACGAAGUUUGAAGAUAUAAUAGAAGAACUGGGGAGUGAUGGAAAGUUCCAGUUACAAAUGAAUAUCAUUUUCAAUUUCAUCGCAAUAUUAUUUUCAACAAUGUCUUCAUACGCCAAGAUAAUUGCUCUGACAGUACCUGAACACUGGUGCCACGUUCCAGGAAGAGAAUCUACAAAUUUAACAGUGGAAAUGUGGAAGAAUCUCACAAUUCCAAAAGAAGAUGGAAAGUACAGCAGAUGCCUAAUGAAGACGCCAGGGCAAGACAACGAAACGAUGGCCUGUAUCCACGGCUGGGACUACGACACCACAUGGUUCUCUGUGACUGCCGCUUCCCAAGGGAACUGGGUGUGCGAUAAGGAACUGUACCCAAACACUGUGUAUUCCGUGAGCCACGUCGUUUCCACCGCCGUUGGAGUUUUUAUGUUUUACAUUGGUGACAGAUUUGGACGAAAGAAGCAGUUUCUGCUAGGCCUGAGUGCCACGGCGCUGUCCCAGACACUGCUCCCAGCUUCAGUGUCCGUCUUCCCUCUCUACAUUGCUCUGUCAGCAGCCUCUGAAGGCACGCACUUGCCCAUGUUAGAAGCAACCAUGGCGACAGGAGUCGAGUUGGCCAGUAUCAAACGCCGUUCUUCCGUCAAUUUUGUGUCCUUCAUGUCUUACUGCCUUGGUAUAAUUGCCAUAUCAUUAUUGGCUUGGUUACUCAAGAACUGGGUGCACUUCACUCUGGUUGCGUCUGUCCCUUGUUUUAUUCCACUACUGCUUCAAAGGUAUCUUCCUGAGUCACCACGAUGGCUGAUAAAUAAAGGGCACACAGAAGAGGCUUUCAAGGUCCUGGAAUGUAUAGCGCGCACAAACGGGAAAACUUUGUCUCCUGACAUCAAGAAAAAGAUUAAUUUUCUGUCUCAACAAAGAACUGUAAACAUGGGGAUUGGAACCAUCAUAACCAACAAGAACCUCCUGAAAAAUACGGUUUUACUUGUGCUCAGCAGGUCGACUGCUGCCUUUGUUACCUUCACCCUACUUUUUAGCAACAACUGUUUCGGGGAGAAUCCUUUCGUAGCAUUCAUCGGGCAUGGAUCCCUGCAACUAGCUGCUUCAUACACUGCUCAUGUUGUUGGAAAUAGAUUUGGAAGGCGGAUAACACACUGCCUCGUGCUAUUGGCUGCUGGUUUGUUGUGCAUCAUCCUCAUAUGCUUAACCGCAGCACACUCAACCCAGUGGAUCAUAACUACACUUUCUCUUGUGCUACUCUUCUGCUGUGACUGCUCAUAUUUACUCACAAAUAUACAGAGCUUGGAACUGCAUCCAACGAGUUUACGACAGAUAGGCAUCGCAAUUGAAUACGUCUUCGUUCAAUGCAGUAUGAGUGUUCCACCUUACGUAGCUCACUUGGGUAAGACUGCUGGAAUGCAUAUCGCUUUCGCCAUACUUGCGGCCGUGACCCUGAUUAUGUCUGUUUUGAUGUCGUUUGUGCCGGAGUCUUUUAAUGAGAAACUUCCAGAGACAAAACAAGAUAUUUCACUCUUUGGAACGAAGCAGAAGUACUGGAGUCUUCCAAGCCGGAAGUCAAAUGUAUCAGAAAGAACGCCAAUGUAGAAUAUAUUGACAACCAGAACU